GAACCAGCCACACCUUCUAAUCUUAACGGGUGUGGCUGUGUAGGCGUGGUCUUAUUUUUAAAGGCGGCAAAUCGAGGGAGAAUGAAGAUCCUUGAUCAAGAGAUUGUGAGCGAAUUUUACGAGAAACUAAGGCACCAGCACGUGCUGGUACUGGCGGCCUGGGACGUGGACUCGGUCUGCGCCUGUAAAAUACUCCAGUAUCUUUUUAAAUCUGACAACAUUGCGUACACUCUCAUACCAGUAUCUGACAUUAGGGACCUUCAGAAAGCACUCAUUGAUCACUCAGGACAAUCGAGCAAGGUUGUAUUAAUUAAUUGUGGAGGUGGGGUCAAUAUACAUGAAUUGAUUGAGUCGGAUGAAAGGAACCAGUUUUUUAUUAUUGACAGUUAUCGACCUUUGGAGAUUGAUAAUAUAUAUAGUCCGGAGCAGGUCAAUGUUGUCAUUGAUGAGUCCGAGCAUUUAAAGUUUCCAGAAUAUGAUGAGAUAUAUGCCUCUGACAUGGAUUCAGAUGAUGAAGGAGAAGGUCCUUCAAAUGAAGAAUUUUAUUAUGAAGGAGAGGAGGAGGAGGAGGAAGAUGAAGGACCAGAUACUAAGAGGAGAAGAUUAGCAGAGUCGUUUCAAAAGAGACGGAAGAAGGUCGUGUGGAAAAAGAACAGACAACAGGUGUUACUGGAGUACAAUGGACUUAGUUAUCACGGAACAGCUGCUUCCAUCCUAAUGUACCAGCUGGCACUCAAAAUGUCUCGAGAUUCAAAUGAAGUUUUAUGGUGGUCUAUCAUUGGUCUUACAGAACAAUAUUUAUAUGAGAAGAUUAGCAGUGAUAGUUAUACUGAGAAGGUACACACCCUCAGACCUGAUGUACUCAGAUUAAACAGGAAUGAUCAAGACACAGCCAGUUCUAUAAAUAGAUUAAGACUCACUUUAGAAAACGAAUUACCAGCUGUACUAUACAGACAUUGGUCAUUAUAUGACAGCCUGUCCCAUUCCCAGUACAUCUCAUGCUGGUUUAAGACUUGGUCUAUGAGAGGACACAAGAAGUUCUUGGAAUUUCUUGCCGACAUGGGACUCCCUCUCUCUCAGUCGAAGCAACCUUACUCAGCAAUGGACGCUUCAAUACAAGAGAAUGUUAAAGACUGGAUUACGUCCUCUGCUUUAAAAUUCGGGAUGGAUAAUAUCACAUACAGUUCAUUUGUCUCUCACAUUGGCUACAAGCAUCACUUCUCAGCAGCUGACAUGGUCUACUGUGUUUCCGCCUUUUUAGAAAACAACGUGGAGCCAAGUUUUCUGUCUGCAAUAGAUGUACUUAGCAAAGGUAAUGUAAAGAAGAUUUUUGAAGGAAUAGAACUAGCAAAACAGCAACAAAAGGCUAUAAUACAACAAGCUCGCUCCUUCACUGAGAAACACAGAGUGGGCUGUGCUGGAUCUUUCAUGUACUUCUACGUGGAAGAAAACACUCCUAACUGUUCCUGGUUUGUGUCACCCAUCACUCUUAAAAGGCUUGCAUAUUAUCUGAGGGAAACCUGGAAUACAACAAACAGGAAAGCCAAGGACUUACCU